CCAGCUGCUCGUGACGCUCGCUCGGCCCGAGCGCGCCUGGCGGCCGCCGCAACUUAAACCAUCAGCGGGGACACCGGGCCGUGCAGCCCUCGGGCUCAGGAUCGAGCUGGCCAUCGAGGUGGGGCGGCCCAGGCCAGUUUCUGCUUCCUGAGAGGCAUCUAUGUUACCCUGCACCGCGCUCAUUUAAACGGUUAGCUUGCAGCCGACUGCGAGAAAAGCAUAUUUUCCGCGACAAAAAAUCCAGGCAAGCUCGAGCUGGGGCUGCGGGAACAGUCCUGGGACCGCAGCGUGAAUUUGUACCAAACCGCUGUGCUCCGGAGCUCCGCAAGAACCGUCCAGGCCCGUCCUCGCCCUGCGCUUCCCCCUCCAGAGAGCUCGGGGCCGGGGGCGGGAGGGCAGAGGCAGCGCCGCGCCCGCCAGCCGCAGCUCGGCCCGAGACCCGCUGAGAGCCCCGGCCCGGUCCAGCGCCCCGGCAGCCCCCGGCCCGGCCGCCCGGCGGGCCUCAGGGGAGCGGCGGGGCUCAGCAGAGCUGCGGGGCGGGGACGCUGAGCCCCGGCUGCCCCGGGGUCGGGAUGGGGCGGAAACCGAAAGCGAUAGUCAGGAAGCAGCCCUGCUCGAUCCGUUGGCUGAUACUCAGGUGUUACAUUUAGCACACUGGACAAGACAUCUGAUAACUGAAUUAUGUUAAGGAGCAAAGCAUUCAGUCUGUUAAAACCGAUUCCCUUGAUGUCUGGCCAGUCAAAUUUGGUUUAUAAGCUUACUCAUCCAGCUAUUGCUUCACAUGGACUUCACUGUCAUGGAAGGAUUGCAAAUUACAGACAGAGAUGCAAGACAUGCCCAUGUAAUGCUGGAAGACGAACAAUUAGUGCUACUCAGGCCAAGGUCAUGGCAGAAACAGAGUUGCCGGGCAUUUUGAUUCUGGAUAUAGGAGGAACUCAUGGUGUGUUGGAAAACCUUGCAGCACUUUUGAAGAAACACUUUCACCUUAUCACCAUGAAGGAAUUUCUUGAACACAAAAAAGAAAUGAGCAAAAAAAUCCAAUCUGUUUUCGUGUUUGAAUGCAGACCAACUAUUGACCGGGAGCUCCUAGAAAGCCUGCCUAAUUUAAAAGUAAUUGGAAACUCUGGGGUUGGAGUUGAUCACUUAGACGUGAAAAUGAUUUCUGAGUUUGGUGUAAAAGUGACCAACACCCCACAUGCCGUGGCGGACUCAACAGCAGACAUAGGAAUGGCCUUGAUGCUGGCCUCUGCCAGAAGGCUAGUGGAAGGCUGCCAGGUGGCCGUCUCUCCAGACACAAAGUGUUUUGCUGUUGACUGGCUGGGAGUGGAAGUAACCAGAGCGACGCUUGGCAUCAUUGGGAUGGGCAGCAUUGGGUACAAAGUGGCUCAGAGGGCCAGAGCCUUCGACAUGAGGAUCCUGUACCAUAACAGGCACCAGAGGAGCCAGGAGGAGGAAGAGGCAGUUGGUGCCCACUACUGUGAGAAGAUGGAAGACUUGCUGCAGCAAGCUGACUUUGUUAUGUUGAUUGUGAACCUGACUCCUGAGACUCACAAACUGAUAGGAAAAAAGGAGCUGGGGCUGAUGAAACGCACAGCUACUCUUAUAAACAUCAGCCGAGGUGCCGUUAUUGAUCAAGAUGCGUUGGUGGAAGCUCUCUGCAAUAAAGUUAUUAGGGCUGCCGCUCUGGAUGUGACAUACCCUGAGCCUCUGCCAAGAGAUCAUCCUUUAUUAAAAUUAAAUAACAUCAUCAUAACCCCUCACAUUGGAACUGCAACAGUCCAAGCUAUCCGUAUGAUGGCGGAAGAAGCGAUAGCAAAUAUGCUGGCUGUUCUCAAUGGCCAACCCAUCCCAAGUGAAGUGUGUCCCAAAUGAUGCGUGCCAGAUGGCAUUGCUGAACCUCGUGUGUGUUGGAAGAAGGGCUCGCCAGAGUCAAGAAGAUGCUCAAUAUGAGUUAUGCAUCUUGCUCAACUUUAUUAGUUUCUAACACUACUUAUAUAGAACCGAUACACAUGCAUAUUCCUAAAACAGAAAUAUAAUUGGUUAGUAGUCUCUAAACGCGUGCGGUUCUCACACCCCUAAUUAUCAUGACUAAAAUAAGCAUUCUAUCCAUGUAGCUAAUUGUGUUGCUGUGCUUCAGCCUUGUAGUUUGUUACUCCCUAUUUUCCCAUACCGGUCCCUAUCUUGCUUGGCCCUGCACCUGCUUUCCCAGCAGCUGUAGCUUGUUACAGCCACAGCCUGUUGGCACAACAUAAUUACUUGGUCUCAGGAUUGAAGAAUAGCUCAAGGCUGCCUUUCUUGUUAACUUCAGCACAGCAACUUCAGUACAAUUCUGAUUACAGGCCUAUUCUAAUACCAGGCCUGGAUUGUGCAGAUCUUCAGAGAUUCUAAGGCCACGCUUCUGCAGCCAUUCUUCUACACGUGUGUACGGGAAGGCACUGUUUCUUACAUACCACUUUUAAACUAAAAAAAAGCAACCUGUUCCUGCACUGUUCUUGUCACGAUACUGCAAAGCUAUCAUCUCACAAGGCUUGAUCUGUACUGUUAGUUACAAUUCUAAAAAAUAAAGAGGAACUAAUUAAAGGGUUUUGUUUGAAGAUGUUAAA